AUGCCUUACAACACUCGUCGGAAAUCACUUUCCUUGCCUUCGCUGGGCAUCCAUUUGCCUAACGGCUCUCGCGCUCACCGCCCAGUCCUCAAGACCACCACACCACCUGCAGAGUCCUCCACGUCUCCUCCGCCUCCGUCAAAGAAACAGAAACGCUCUCAUGAUGGCGACGAACCUCUAUCCCCAGUUUCUUCUCCGCGCUCCAAAGUCGGCUCUCCUGCGAUCGACCUCCCAACAUCGGCCACCGCACUAGCACUUGCGGCUGCUGUUGAGCAGACCCCACCCCCGUCUCCCAAGCUAGGUGCUCCGGUGCGAAAAGUCGACACGGACGGCAUCAAUGAUGAUAUUGUGAUCUCUGUCAUUGAGCAGUUGGAAAAGACGGGAAACCGGCCACACUUGAUCAGGGAUCUGGCAACUAUAUUGGCUUCCACCAACGCCAGUAUUGCUCAUUCUGCAAAUCCAGCUGCAUUACUUUCCUCGCGUCUCAGUCUUUACCUUAAGAGACCAUGGACUGCUUUGUCACCGUGCCCGUUGGCCAAAGAAUUGAUACCGGUCCAUCCACGGAAGGUCUUCUUCUUCCUCACCACGCAACCGCGAAUGCCUCUUCCCGAGUCCUCGGAUGACAUUCUCCCUCCACCAGUGAUCUCGGUCAAGAACCUGACCCCUAGCGUGUCAGAUCACAGCCAGGGUGACGAUGAUCUCGAUCAACGAGACCGUGCUCGACUGUCUCCCAGCCCCGAGGUGGAACUGUACUCUCCCGACCUGGAUCAAGAUGACCCAAUGCAGCCUCCGACCCCUGGCGAGUAUUUCAGCGCCCGGAGCAGCCUCAACCCAGACGGUACGCCUGAUGUCCGGCGUAGAACCAACAGGGCUCCAAGUCCACCACUCGAGGAGGACGAACGUGGGUUUACUGAGACGGCCACUGCGGUCCGCGCCCGUGGCAUGAGUCUACACAACCCCACCGUUCAAGCCUCAAUUGAGGUUGAUGAAAAGACUUCAUCUGUCGAGGUGUCAGAAGAGACCCCGGAACAGCGCCAGAAACGUGACCGAGAGCUCGGGUUGGCUCUCUUCGGCCAGUCCGAUCAAGCUCUCCACGUGCCGGAGCAGAAGCUGUUUUCGAGCAGUCCGAUGAUUCAGGCCAAACCCGAUCAUCAGGCACCAGUGGCCAAGACGAGCUUGGCGCUUGACUUGGAUGGAAUUGAGAUGGGAGUGGCUUCUUGGACCAUGAUGAGUCCCGAGCAAAUCGACGUUGAAGAACUGGACGAGAUGUUCAUGGGAUUUUAA